UCUCACUCUGUGUGUGCGUGUGUGUGUGUGUGUGCGAGAAGCACCUCCCACAGUGGGAUUAGGCCCUGCCUCCUCAGCCACCAAGUCAGCGUACAAGCAGCCCAGGAGUGCAAACAUGAAGCGUACGCUGGUGUGUGUGCUGAUGGCUGCCUGGAGCCUCGGUAGUGGCGAUCAGACAGUCAACCAGCCAGUGGGGGACAUGCACGCGAUGAAGGGCGACCCUGUGACGCUGGACUGCAGCUAUGAAAGCUCUGGAAGUAACGACUACAUCUUCUGGUACAAACAGAACGGCCAGGCGGCACCCGAGUUCAUCUUGAGUCGCUUCAAGAUCGGUCAGGGAAAGACGGAGAGACGCUUUGAGAACAGAUUCAGUUGCAGCAUCAACGCCACCGCCCACCGAGCUCCUCUGGUGAUCCAAGACGUGCAGCUGAACGACUCUGCCGUCUACUACUGCGCCCUGCAGAAUGCUGCUGUGGGCUACAAGAUCUACUUUGGCGGCGGGACCAGCUUGACGGUUGAAAGCAAGGAGGACUGGGAGCCAUCGUUCUACAAAUUGGACAAAUUGGAGGGUAACGUGACGGCUUGCCUCGCCACUGGCUUUAGCAGACAAAACGCCAUGGAGACGGCAGGAAAAGGAGACGUGUUCCAGGGAUCGCAUGCUGUGCGGAUAUUGGGUGACUCGCUGUACAAUCAGGUGACACUGCUCUCGGCCGAGCACGCCGACUCAUGUGAGAAAGCAGGUGACAGUGGACCGGGGUGGUGCCAGGGCGCCUUGGCGCCAGACGAGAAGGUCAACCUGGUCUCUCUCACAGUCCUCGUCCUCCGUCUUGUCUUCGCCAAGACGCUCGCCAUCAACGGCGUCAUGACGCUGCGCCUGUGGCUCGCUGUACCCCAGUAGACCUCCAUGCGCCACGACCAUCACCUCCCCUUUCUGAAAGGAGCGGCUGUGUAUGUGUGUAUGUGUAUGUGGUGUUGCUUUUUGAGUUAAAUUUAUUACAGUCAAUAAAUCAAUAAAUAUCAUUGUUUUGGAUUAUUAAUAUCAUUUUGUGCAUCUGUUAUUAUGGUAUUGAUCCAUACAAUGCUUCAUAGUGAUAAUAAUCAAUAUAAUACACUGUGAUAAGUAAUGAUUCAAAACUUGUUUAGCUUUCAGUGUGUUUGCGUGCAUGUGCAGCUGUGCUCUGAUUGGCUCCCGCCCACAGAGCAUCUUUGUGACUCUUUCCACAGGAAGUGGUCACCAUGGCACUGCGUCACAGAUGUCAGCUGUGGUUGGGACAGGAUGUGGGCAGGUGCUCAAACACUCCUCGUCACUGUCGUCUUCACUUACUGUCAAUCACAUGACCUCUGCUGCCAUGACAGGAAGUGUACGACUCCACUACC